AUGGCGACUCCCAUGCAUCGGCUCAUAGCUCGGAGACAAGCUGAAGCAGAUAAGCAACAUGUAAGAUGUCAGAAAUGCUUGGAAUUUGGACAUUGGACUUAUGAAUGCACAGGAAAAAGAAAAUACCUACAUAGGCCUUCAAGAACAGCAGAACUAAAGAAAGCUUUAAAAGAAAAAGAAAACAGAUUGUUAUUACAACAAAGGUCUAAAAGUGUAACCAGUUCCAGUAGCAAUAGCAGUGACAGUUCAGCCAGUGAUUCUUCAUCAGACAGUGAAGAAACGUCUACCUCAUCCUCCUCAGAAGACAGUGACACUGAUGAAAGUUCCUCCAGCUCACCAUCUUCGGCCUCCUCCACCACCUGUUCCUCCUCCUCUGACUCAGACUCGGAUUCCAGCUCUUCUGGUAGCAGCAGCACCAGCACAGACAGCAGCUCUGAGGAUGAACCGCCAAAGAAAAAGAAAAAGAAAAAGAAAUAGAAUUGCUCCGUACA